UUUCGUCAACCACAUCAUUUGGCACACAUGGACUGUACUGCUGUCACUGGGUUCUGUUAUACUCCAGUAAGUAAAGGAGAACUGUGUUAUGAGCCUUGGAUUUCUGGAAUGUGAACAUUGCGUGUAUCGACAUGAUGGACUAGAUCUAGAUUCUUUUGUGUGGAUUAAGAUCGGCUGUACAAUGUGUUUUCACAGAAGCGUAUUGAGUUUUAUUUCUUGAUUAAUUGACAGAAGCUGAGACGAUAGGCCGAAGUAAAAUGCAUUAUAAAAAGGAUGAAAGGAAAUGAAAAUUCAUGCAGAUUGUCAGCACCCGAUGGCAUCUAGAUCUAGAUGUCUAUGAAGUUCAGAAAAUGUUCUCAAACUAUCACGUUUGCGUGGAUGCUGGCUAGUCACAUGGUUCUAUCAAAGAAAAGAAAUGGAAUACUGCUUCUUGCUCUGUGUCUUUGUUCACUGAUUUUCUUGAAGAGUGUAGUCCCCGUAAGACAGGUCGGCAGGUACUCGAAAUGGUUGCCACGCCCUCUACCUCGCACAGAGUCCAGCGCCCAGUACUUUGUUUUGGCACGAGAUCUGGAAAUCUACAUGUACUCAGCUAUAGCCAGUUACAACCAGCUGAGGAAAGGGGAUAUCGGCAUCGUUAUUACGUCACUUGAUGCUACUGUCCAACAUCUAGACUGCUGCGUCCUGCUGGACCAUGCCCGCCUCUUUGUCACCCCGGUGGAGGAGCACUUUUUCUACCACACCAUGGAUGUCACCAUACUGUCCAGAAUCCACGAGUACUUUACGCCAGGAUACUACCGCGCUCGGCAGUAUCUCUGCCAGGUGCCUGAGAUAGGCCGCAUCCCAAGUCACGCCACGCUUAAAUCAUCUUCAGCGCCUUGCUCCACUGACCUGGCAGAUUACCUACCCGUGCACACCCCUACACAGUUUCCCGGGGGUCUGGCCGUCUGUGCAAAGAUCGCCCACAGCGGAGGCCUUGACCCUGAGAAAGUGAUAGAGUGGUUUGAGGUCCAGCGCUUACUAGGCGUGGACAAGGUCCUGCUGUACGACAUGGGGAACCCGGUCAACUUGACAAGGGUGUUUAGAUAUUAUCAGAACAUGGGGCUACUAGAUUUACAGCCCUAUGAGCUGCCAGGAUAUCCAGCCAACAGGACAUUGAUGGAGAAGGACAAAAGGACCCACCAGUUUCAUCAUGACGAGUCCAUGGCAGUUUUAGAAUGUCGUCAAAGGAUGUCAGGUUUCAGCUAUGUCAUGAGCCACGACUUGGAUGAGUUCAUUAUACCGCGUAGGGACAUCACCUUAAAACAGUUUUUUAAAGAAAAAAUGGAAUAUUAUCAAGACAGUGCUGGGUUCUAUUUCGAUACAGAGUUUUUCAUCUACAAUUGGGGCCCUACCAAUCCAGAAGAGGACCUCAUGCUGACACGCUACAGGAAGGCCACAAAACCACAUUGGGAGUGUACUAAAUAUGUCUAUCUUCCCGCCAGGGUGCUUUCAUCAACUACACAUUCUAUAUAUCCUCUUCAUCCAUAUACCACAUACAGAAUAGAACCAGAGGAAGCUGUGCUCCACCACUACAGACGAUGUCCUGAUGAUGUUUGGAGCACUUGUUUUCCAGAAACCAUCAUUGACCACAUUAUGACUCGGUACACUGAUCUCUAUUCAAGAGUGCUAACAGUCCGGCAAGCGACUGGAGUGCGUCCUUCAUGGAAUACUAAGAAAUAGUUUGCACAUGAUACAAAAAACUGCCCUACGUUAUUUAAUUUCAAAUAUUUACAGCAACCUCCAGUGGACCAUGGCUUUGUCUGCAUCAGGUGUGGCAAAAUAUACAGGUCACAACUGGGUUUGAAUGUUUAUAUGCAAUGCUACACUUAUUCUUAAUGUUUGUUUGUUUAUGUUUAACAUGUUUCGAAUGUUCCUUCAGAGUUGAAGAUAGUUUACUUCUUAGUCCAAACCUCCCACAGGACGACGGGAUGGGAUCGGGCAGGGUUUGAACCCGAGACCAUCAAUAAAUCCAAACGACAGUCUGGCGCGCAAACUGCACGACCAGGCAGCCAUCCAAUUUCUACUACUUGCAGGUUGCGAUAUCGCAGGUCAGUAUUCAGGCCUUCUAUGAGGAUUGGUCUCAGUUAAACCCCUUUCCUGUUUCAGACAAGAUCUUGGAUGGGAAAAUUUUCUGUCCAGGAGUUGUCUUUCUUUUAAAGAUAAAAUAAACAGAACCUUGAACCUAGCUCAUUUUUCCACCACAAAUUUACCCAAAAAUUCAAUAAAUGAGUCUUUUAUUUAUUGAUUGAUUUUAAAUACUAAGCGUUAAUCUAGGGAAUUGAAAACUGUUCUUAUUUUCAGCAGCACAAAGUAGUUGAUAACUAUUUCAAUUGAAAUUGACUAUUGAUAAAAGCAGCACAAAGUAUUUCAGUUACUCGAAUACUAAAUGUAAUUUGUAAAAUCUUGUUUUGUAAAAUGUUUUACAUGUUUCGGAUGUUCCUUCAGAGUUGAAGAUAGUUUACUUCCUAGUCCAAACCUCCCGCAGGUCCCAGCUGGGGCUGCUCAGACAUGGAAAUACUGCAUGCCUCAAAAAUCUUUGGGCUCAGUGGCCUCAAAGACAAGCCUUAAUAAAUGUAAUUUGAUAUGCAGUAUCUCCAUCAUUGAAAAAGAAGUAAGGAAGAAAGAAAUAGAUUGCACAUGAUUAAAAACUUCCCAAUUGGAUGGUAUUUAAUUUACAAUAUUUAUAGCAGCACUAUAAGUAGUUGAAAACUAUUUCAAUUACUAGAAUACUAAAUAUAAUUUGAUAUCAUUUUUGAUUUUAUUAAUUCUUGCUUCCUUGCUUUAAAGGACAGCAAUGUACAGAGUGUCAGCUACAUCAAGUACACUAGGUUUAAUAAGCCAAACUAUUAUUGUCAUGAAAAAAUUUGCAGUUUUAUAUUUUUUCUUAAUCCUGUAAUUUUCUUGAGCCUUUUUUUAUAUAUAUAUUGGUAGACCUAAAAUUCUGCUUAGUAUUUUAUUAUUUUAAAAAUAUAAUGCAUCUUUAUACUGAUAACUUAUUGUGAUUAUUGUUAAUGACAUUUUAGUGACAUUUUAUGGAUACAGUAUUUUACAUAAUUUUGUAAUUCUUUUGAGGAAUAUUUACUUUUGUUGCUGGGAUCUCCAUUUUUAUACACAACUUUUCAUCGUAAACAAAUUAUUAUAAAUGACAAUAUGAACUAGAAACAUCUAUUAUGUAAAAUGACUUAAAUUUGUAUUUGUAAGUUGUUUUUUUUUAUUAUAAUAAUAGCUGUUUGGAAUAAAGAUUACUAAUGUGGACUAACAUAUAUUAUAUAUGUUUUUUAUAUUUAUUUAUAUUUAAUUGCUGCUAAUAUUUUAAAAAAAAAAAUAUAUUUAUGGACUAUUUAAAUACAUUUGAUAAUUUUUAAAAUUCAUUAUAAAAAAAAGAAAGUUAUAAUAUUUUUUUUUAGAAAUGCUAAGAAUGCUUUUCAACUAUAUUCAUUAGGCAUCUUUUAUGGAUAUGCAUAGGAUUUAAUAAUAUUCUCUUUUGAAGGAUGUCUAUAAUUUAUAAGAUAAGAUGUUUUUUUGUGUUUUUUUUUUAUUUACUUAUUUUUUCUAAGGCUCUUUAUUUUAGUGAGAAUGUCCUAAAAUUUAGUAAAAAAAAUCUUAAAGUAACUAUAAUUAAUCUUCCUAGAAUAACCACCCAAUUGGUUGGAUGAAAUGUUUUAUGAAUUUGAUUAAUUGACCAACUUUAUAUUUCUUAAUUCAUUUACUAGUUCUCAUAAGACAAUUAUAAAAAUGUAUGUCUGAAUGAAUUUGGUUUUAGAA